CUUAUUAAAUUACACAAGAAAGGAGGAUGCUAAAAUUCCUAUGGUAGCCACCAACUUGAAAAAGAUAUUAAAAUCAAACACUGGAUUGGAAGUCAGAGCCAUUGAGAGUCACAAUCGGGUCAUUUUCUCCCCCCUUCUUGUAUUUAAAUUCGACCCCUUUGGCUCCAAACUUUCGACAUGUCGUCUAAACUAAACUAAUCUAAUGGAUUCCAUUUCCACUACCGCAAUUCUCACCACCAUGCUCCGCAGCAGCACCCAGCCAACUCUGCCCACCGAGUUCCUGUGGCCCCACGCCGACCUCCCCCCCGCCGGCGCCGCCGACGAGCUCCAGGAACCCGUUWUAGACUUGAGCGGUUUCCGGCGAGGGGAUGCGGAGGCGACGGCGCGGGCGGCGGAGCUGGUCCGGUCGGCGUGCAGGAAGCACGGGUUCUUCCAGGUGACGAACCACGGGGUGGAGGCGGAGCUGAUAAAGGCGGCGUACGAGGAGGUGGAGACCAUCUUCAAGAUGCCGGCGGUGAAGAAGAUUAGCGUCGGGAAGAAGCCYGGCAGAGUGUCCGGAUAUUCCGGCGCCCAUGCACACCGGUUCUCCUCCAAGCUCCCAUGGAAGGAGACCUUCUCUUUUGAGUACUCCAAGAAUCUCCCUGUUCUUGACUACUUCAACUCCUUCUUGGGCCGCGACUUUGAAAACGYCGGAUGGGUUUAUCAGAGAUACUGCGAGGAGAUGAGCAGAAUAGCUCUAAUGAUAAUGGAGCUUCUGGCGAUAAGCCUAGGUGUAGAGAGGUUCCAUUAUAGGAAGUUCUUCGAAGAUGGAAGCUCAAUAAUGAGAUGCAAUUACUACCCGCCAUGCCAAAACGCAGGCCUCACCCUCGGCACUGGCCCUCACUGUGACCCAACUUCUCUAACCAUUCUCCAUCAAGACCAAGUUGGAGGCCUCCAAGURUUCGCAAACAACACAUGGCUCUCUGUCAAGCCUCGACCGGAUGCAUUGGUCAUUAACAUUGGAGACACUUUUAUGGCACUCUCGAACGGAGCGUACAAGAGCUGCCUGCACAGGGCGGUGGUGAACAGGGAGAGAGAGAGGAGGUCACUGGUGUUCUUUGUGUGCCCGAAAGAUGAUAAAGUGGUGAGACCCCCACAAGAUUUGGUGGGCAGAGAAGGGCCAAGAAAGUACCCUGAUUUCACAUGGUCAGACCUUUUGGAGUUUACCCAAAACCACUAUAGAGCUGAUGUUGCUACACUCCAAAGCUUCGUUCAUUGGCUCCUUCGCCGACCCUCUCCCUCUCCCUCCAAAUAAAUCUUCUCUCUUUCUUUCAUUAAAUUAUAUAUAUAUAUAUAUAUACACAUAGUUUUUAUUUGGUUUGUCCUUUUUCCUACUUYAAUUUGUUCUUAUUUCAUAUUCUCUCUUUUGUGGCUUCUCUUUUUUCUGCCCAUGCUUGUCCUUCUCUCUGUUUCUAUAUUCCAUUUGGAAGCUCUUACCUAAAUGCUGCUGCCUCUUCAUGCUUUUACCWUUUAACUUUUAACUCAUCUUCAGGGGCCUGAUUGCUGUUAAUUUUGUACACUGCCCUUUUUCUCAACUUUCUUCUUCUAUUUCUAAGUCCCAUCCAUUGGAUGCUAAUACUUUUGGCCCAAAAUGAAUUGCACUGAUCUUGAUGCAAUGUAUUUGAAGGGGUUGUUUUUAUUUCAUAAGAGGGUGUAUAAUGGCAGAUAGUAAYAUCUUGAUCAA